UCAGCUGGCACCAGGGUACAAAUAUACGACAUUAACAACUCUACACUGACCCCGGGAAUGUGGGAGCUCAGAAGAAUUUCGACAGGAAAUAUAGACCUUACGGUUACCGGAAAAAGUACAUUUGAUUUUACCCACCAGCUUUUAGAAGAAGACCCUGUUAGUGGGGACUUCUAUGAGAUAUCAGGAAGACCUUUGGCAGGAUCCAAUACAACAGUCACUCUUCGUGUCACCGAGAUAAGCGUGAUAACCGGGGUGCACACUCUGAUGCUACUUGAUCAGUAUGGACAAAUAAUCAAGACCUCCAUCUUGGAACAGGGAGUAGGAAAAAACACCAACGCGUACAGAGGAUCUAUAGUGAUCCCUAAUCAGGCCUUUACGUUAGCGAUCAAUGGUACUGACCGCAGUGGACAUACCUUCCAGCGCCUGUCUACGUCAACUCUGUUACCGGUCAGCAUCAAACUGGACAUUGAAUCGCUUGGCACUCUUUUUGUUCAUGAGUCCAUGCUGAUAAGAUUCACCUUGACAAAUGUUGGAGCUGACGGACAGUUUGAAGUUAACGCCACUGACGAUAAACAUCUUCUGAGGCCCCCCUUAACGCAAUCAUUUGUGCUAAAACAAGGAGAGAAUAAGACAGGCUCGUUUACCAUUUCUGGUGGCUCUGCUGUACAGAUUACAAGGGUGACGUUCUCUGCAGGCCUUAAGGGUGGAGAUACAAACGACCGACAGUUAAGUGUGAAGACAGUAUCAGUCACGAGGAGACCGACCACGCUUAAGCCGCCCGACAGAGAGCCUCCAUCGUGUACCCUGAUCUCAGUAGACGGGAACUGCACAGCGGCGCAAAUCAACCCCUGUGUCUGCCGUUUAUACCGAUGGAGCGCCGUGGCAGAGGCUCGGGAUACCGACUCUGGCCUGGCAACCCUGAACGCCGGCGGGAUAAGUGCAGCGAUUCCUUUGAUUUCUAAUUUCUCCGUGGGGGAUAAAAACUUCAUCAACGUCAACAUUACAGCUACGUGUUGUAACCCACGUGUCACCAUUAAUGCCGGGGACUUAGAGGGUAACCUGGGACAGUGCGUUAUUUCGUUUAUUGACGACACGCUUGCGCUCAACUACUCGUCGCAGCAGUGUAUCACCACCACAGAGAUGACAACAGUAACAGAAACUACCCAAGCAACUACCGACGCCCCGCCGACGUCGGACUUCAAGACAACGUAUCAUGGAUUCACGCAAUCUACCGAAGAGUUAACGUCUCCAAGUAGCUUAAACAGUUCGCUUGGAGCGCAAUCCAAUGCAGAUAUGAAACCAACAACUAUUGCCGCAAUAUCAGUGGGCGCUUCACUAGGUACUAUAAUCACAGUCUUACUGGUAUUAUAUGUGGUAAAGAAGACUUUGGCAGGCAAGGUGUCCUCACAAAGCAUAGCCUCAAAAUCGGCCAACACGUGGAAAGACGCGAACGCCGAGAGUUCAGCGGAAGGAAGGAACUAUCAUAAGGCACAUGAACUCUACGAUAUAUAAAUUGCGGGGAGGGGGCAAACGUUAUAAGAGAUAUCUUCACUACCCAUAUGCAACCUCUAAAUCCCAUUUUCAGUCAAACUGACCCGACCCAUUUGAAUGGACUGAUUGAUUACGGCGAGCUCUUCGUAGGCAGUAAAUCAAAGCAUGCCCUUUUCUUUGAGAUAAGCGGCGUGUCAUUGGAUCGCAUGACGUCGUAUGUUUAACUGAAUCGAUUGUAAUCUGACGACGAACUGAAUGCCUUCCGACUUUACUCUAAAAAUGCUGAUUACAGUGCUCUAGAAGAACGGGGGGUAACCAAGCAGACAGGAGAAAUAUUUUGCUGUCUCGUUUUGUCGCUUUCGAUCUCCAGCUAUGUUAGAAACACUUGCACAUGUAUAUUCAACACGUAUUUCUAAACCCAAAACCCCAAAGAUGACAUUUUCAUUCAAUCAUGUUAAGAGCCAGGUGAUUUUAUUCGUUCCCAUAUACAUUUAUACUCUUGAAUAUCUCAUCUUACUCAAUAACUACUAAUUAUGAAUACAAUAAGUUUUUUCCA